UAAUAUAAAAGCUACCCGCUGCUCCUCUGCGCCAGCUGCGUCGCAAAAAAGAGGAAAGCAAGAAACCAGAAGACAUGCAGAUCUUCGUGAAAACCUUGACGGGGAAGACCAUAACCCUCGAGGUAGAAUCUUCAGAUACAAUCGACAAUGUCAAAGCCAAAAUCCAAGACAAGGAAGGCAUCCCACCAGACCAGCAACGUCUUAUUUUCGCCGGGAAACAACUAGAAGAUGGACGUACACUUGCAGACUACAACAUUCAGAAGGAAUCCACACUCCACUUGGUGCUUCGCUUGAGGGGUGGGGCCAAGAAGAGAAAGAAGAAGACUUACACCAAGCCCAAGAAGAUCAAGCACAAGAAGAAGAAGGUCAAGCUUGCUGUUCUUCAGUUCUAUAAAGUCGAUGACAGUGGCAAAGUCCAGAGGCUGAGAAAAGAGUGCCCAAAUGCCGAAUGUGGGGCUGGUACUUUUAUGGCUAAUCAUUUUGAUAGGCAUUAUUGUGGUAAGUGUGGCCUCACCUAUGUUUAUCAGAAGGCUGGUGGAGACUAACUGAAUCACCUUUAGACAGGACCCUGUUGUUUUUCAAAGGAUUAUUGUUAGGUUUUUGAGUUUUGACUGCUUAUGGAUUGUUGGUUGGAUUCUUUAUGGUUAACAAUAAGCUUUUGUUGGUUAAUUAUGUUUGCUUGAUGAGGGUUUUUUUUUUGGUGCU